AUCUUCUUUUCUCAUUCAUCAGAACAGAAAGGCCACAACUAACAUUUGCUGUCAUCCACUCUACCCGUCUCAGCCUUCCUUCCUCCUCCUCCUCUUCUCACCUGACAAACCGGUCUCAGCGCUCAAGCCGGGUCAUAAUGGAGGUGACGGUGAGCAGCGAGAUUAUUCUCUCGGUUUACAUCAUCAGCUUCCUGAUAGGCCUGCCAACCAACCUCCUGGCUCUCUAUGCCUUCACUGUUAAGGUCCACUCCAAACCGAUGCUGACAGACAUCCUGCUGCUCAACCUCAUCGUCUCUGACCUGCUCUUUCUGAUCAUCCUUCCCCUCAAGAUGCACGAGGCGGCGUCGGGCAUGAAGUGGACUUUGCCCGGCUUCCUGUGCUCCAUCACCGCCUUCACCUUCUUCUCCACAAUCUACACCAGCUCCUUGCUGCUGAUGGCAGUCAGUGUGGUUCGCUAUGUCGGGGUAGCUUUCCCUAUCGCCUAUCAUCAGCUGCAGAAACCUGUGUACGCCAUAGUUAUCAGUGCUGCUAUUUGGCUAAUCUCAGCAGCACACUGCAGCAUUACUUUCAUUACCCAGCACCUCCCAUCGCUGUCCAGCACAAAUUCCAGCGUGUGCUAUGAGAACUUCACAGAAAAGCAGCUGGAGGUCCUCCUCCCAGUACGUUUGGAGUUCUUCUUUGUCCUCUGCCUCAUACCUCUUCUGAUUUGUGUUUACUGCUACUUGAACUGCAUCUUGAUCCUGUACAGGCGCCCCAGGAUAUCACAGAUGCAGAAGCAGAAGGCCAUCGGCAUGGCCAUGGGGACUCUAGCUGUGUUUCUGAUUUGUGUGAUACCGUACAAUGUCUCCCAUGUCCUGGGUUACUUCCAGGGUGAGAGUCCACGAUGGAGGUACUACACCUUGCUGCUUAGCACCUUCAACACCUGUAUUGAUCCCAUCAUCUUCUAUUUUUCCUCCUCCACUUUCCGCUGCACUAGUGAGAAGUCCAUUUUCAGGAAGCGUAGACCCGAUGUUUCAGGAGCACGAGGGCAGGCCACAAGCUCUGGCUAACAGCAAAAUUCACUUUCAAUACAAUAUGUUCAUAUCCAGCUUCACUGUUAUCAUUGUACUGUAUGUUGUGGACAUUAUAUCAGAAUGCGUAACGCUGUAUUGAUCGCUUUCACAGGUCAUUUAGAAAAAAAUGUCUGACAUCAGGGUGUUGCUGGCCCGCUCAGAGGGACAGAGCUGCUUUCCAUCUCAUUCCACAGUAGAUCAUUUUACCACAAAACCACACAACAUGUUUGGUGCAUAUGCAAAAUUCCAAAUUUUAUUAUUUUACAGUAACUUCUCCAUUUUUGAACAGGAAUUGAUAUCCUUUUCACCCGUGACACAUUGUUUCCUGUUUAUUUUAACGUGGGCCAGCCACUCUUCUGCACUCAUGCAUUCUGUAGGCACACAUGUAGAAUAUACCUGCAAAACAAAACAUAGCUCAGCUGAAAAGCGGUACGGUUUUUGAUGCACAGGCACGUCAAGUACAAGAUAAUGGCACUGUUAUUGUUGUAUUGUUAAU